ACACACACACACACACACACACACACCAAGGCUUCACCUGGACGUGGACUCAUCACCCCAGAGACCAGAACACACACACACACCGCAGCUAUCAUCAUGGCCGAGAAGUUUGUUGGAAGCUGGAAGAUGGUGGAGAGUGAGAACUUUGAUGAGUACCUCAAGGCACUGGGUGUGGGCUUUGCUCUGAGGCAGGUAGCGAGCAGAGCCAAACCGAGCUUGACCAUCACCAUGGAUACUGAUGGAAGCAUCACAAUGAGGACUCAGAGCACCUUCAAGAACACAGAGGUCAAGUUCAAACUCAACGAGGAGUUCGACGAGACCACCGGCGAUGACAGGAAGACCAAAAACGUCAUGACGGUGGAGAACGGUGUUCUGGUCCAGAGGCAGACGUGGGACGGCAAGGAGACGACCAUCGAGAGGGAGGUGGGGGACGGCAAGCUGACCGCGAAGUGUAAGAUGGGCGGCGUGGUGGCGGUGAGAACCUACGUGAAGGAGCCGUAAGAUGUGCGUGAGACGUACGUGAGCACGGGGAGGUCAGCGGAAGCUCCUGAUGUCUUACGGAGUGUGUGGAGAUGCUUCUGACGUCUGGAGACGCCAACACUCAGACCAGAGAACCAAGACUAACGGAGAGUUCUCCUCAUUUACCUAUGCGGAUCACUGGAACAGCACAAUGACGUGUGUGUGUGUAUGUGUGUGUGUGUGUGUGUGUGUGUGUGCUGGGGGGUUGGAUCAGGUUAUUCCACUGUAUAUUAAUGGGUGAAAUUGUAUUAUGGGCCCCAAAGUGUAACAAAAAUGUUGGUUUGAUUUACUUAAAAUAAAUGACAUAAAAUGCC